AUGAAAACGGGCAUCCUGCGAUAUGACAAUACCAGCACCGCCAAGCCCAGCACCACGGCGUGGGCGAUCGAGCCCGUCGUGCCUUGGACAGUUGGAGAUCCGUCCAACGGCCAGAUAGGAGAGCAGUUCAACAUCGACAUUCUCGAGCACAUGCACUGGCCCUUACGCGACGUCGAUCUUCUCGUUUGA